CUCAUUCUUUACAGCACAAGUGAAACAUUCUCUUUCUAAAGGUUCCACACUCAAAAAACUCUUAAACCCUCCGCCAAAAAAGUAUAAAACCCUCUUCAAAUCUUCUCGAAAAAGUAAAACCCAGAAUUCAAAAUACACUCUUUCUCAUUCGCUCACUGCUAAACUCGUCUGAGGCUUCGGUUCUUGGAAGCUUUGUUAAUGGAAAAUGCGGCCAAGGGUUGAAGCUACUAGCUUGCAUUCAGUCUGUUCACAGAAUCAAAAUGGAGAUGAAUUAGCUGGUAAGUUUGUACAUUAAAUGUUAAUUUUCAAUCAAGAUUUUGUUGAGGGUAUGGCUGGGUAUAAAAAACAACCUAGAAGUGAUCGAAAUUCAAUCAAGUACAGGUUAAACCCAGUUGAGGGGGCAUCAUUUGAGCUUUCUGACUUUGUCCGGGAACAGUAUGCCCCCGGUCCCUCUGAUGAUGAUAAGCAACUCAAUAGAAUAUCGGAAUCAAAGUCCCAAAAGAUACUGACCACCACAGAGUUAAUCUCAACUAUUGGUCACAUAUGGGAUCAUGCUAACCGUCUUGCUGUUUACCAACCUAAGGCUAAUUUGACUGAUGAUCAAACUGGCUGUAAGAAGGAGAUCUCAAGGAAUCUGGACAAGGAGGAAAAUGGCUGGGCACCUCUUUCACCUGACAGUAAAUACUUUUGUGUUCAUGUAAAGAGUGCUGGUCGAUUUUUCCCUGUGGUGCGGCCAGACCUAGAAUUUCUCAAAGUAACCCAAAAGAUGUCGGUGUUUGAAUCUUGGAGCUUUCUGCGGGGUGGUAUGAACUUGGCUAAUGGAAUUUGUGGUGGUAGGGGGCUUACAAGUUUAGGGAUACCAUAUGAAUUGGGAAGUAUAUAUCGAUGGAGGAAUGAAACAGUUCCUGCUGGACAUCCACAUGCUGAUGACAGCACUCAGAUUGAGAACAGGACAGCUGGUGAACACUGCAUUCCUGGAAACACUACUGGCUGUGCACGGGGUGUCAUUUCAGGGGAUACAAAUAGUCCUGCAUGUAUGCAGGCCACUGAAUAUGCAAAUAGUUGUUCAGAUUUGAACAAAUCCAAGGACCCAUCUUCUUGUGUUAAUUCAAAUUUGGUGAUGGAUAGAGGGACAACCAGAUCACUGCUUUCAGAUUAUUUCCUCAAGGAUGUUGAUGAUAUAAAGGUGGAUGGUAGAACUUUAAGGGCACACUGUUCGAGUCUUUAUGCUGAUUAUUGUAUUAACUCUUUAGCUUUAUGUAAUGAUCCAUGUGGAAAAUGCCAUUUGACAGAGGAUGAUGUAUUGCUUGAAAAAAAGAGCAACCAACCUGAAAGGGUUGUUAGGGAGAAUGAAAAUAGAAUAGAGUUUCCCUCUCAUAAACUAGAGAAACCUCAUUUUGCCCUUGCUAAGCAAGAGCAUGCUUUUGCAGGGGCAAUGGCUGGUAUAUUUGUUAGCCUUUGUCUACAUCCCGUUGAUACAAUUAAGACAGUCAUCCAAACUUGCCGAGCAGAGCAGAAGUCUAUCUGUUACAUUGGAAGAUCAAUUGUUUCUGAAAGAGGUCUAACUGGACUUUAUCGGGGAAUUGCCAGCAAUAUUGCGUCCUCAGCUCCAAUAUCUGCCGUCUAUACUUUCACUUAUGAAUCAGUGAAAGGAGCUCUACUUCCUCAUUUCCCUAAGGAGUUUCACUCUUUAGCCCAUUGCAUCGCAGGUGGUUGUGCCAGUGUUGCCACCUCUUUUAUUUUUACUCCUAGUGAGCACAUAAAGCAGCAGAUGCAAGUUGGUUCUCACUACCACAACUGCUGGAAUGCAUUGAUUGGAGUGAUUAAGAAGGGUGGUUUGCCUUCGUUAUAUGCUGGAUGGGGAGCUGUACUUUGCCGGAAUGUUCCACACUCAAUCAUCAAGUUCUACACAUAUGAAAGCUUGAAGCAAAUGAUGUCACCAUCAUUACACUUUAGCGCUCAACCCAGCACAAUACAAACGCUAGUUUGUGGAGGACUAGCUGGAUCUACUGCUGCUUUGUUCACAACUCCCUUUGAUGUGGUGAAAACAAGAUUGCAGACUCAGAUUCCUGGAUCUAUCAGCCAAUACAAUAGUGUGUAUCAUGCCCUCCAAGAAAUAGGCAAGCGUGAAGGUUUGAAAGGUCUCUAUAGGGGGCUGAUUCCUAGAUUGGUUAUGUACAUGUCUCAAGGAGCAAUCUUCUUUGGGUCCUACGAAUUUUUCAAACACUUAUUUUCUUUAGACGUGCCACAACUGAAUGCCCCAAGAAUCCUACAUGAACAUACUAAACAAGACAAAGCAGUAUCAUCAGUUCCGACUCCAUCAUCAGCGUCAACUGCAGUAUUAUCACCAUCAUAACCAAUACUGCAUAGUGUGCAUUCAUGAUAGUCUGAGCACGUAUACAGGAAUAAUGGCAAUGACAUCAAAACAUGAGAAAAACCCAAAAUUUCUGCUCACUGGCGAGGUUCUCUGUGAGCCAUCGACUGGAAAUUAAAACAGAUACCGUCCAGAAUUUUGAGG